CGGCGGCCAAUGGUCGCGGCGGAGGCGGGGCUGGGCGCCCGAACCUGGUUCCCGAGGCGCGGCGGCAGCGGCUGGGGGCGGGGAGGGGGGCGCAGGACCCCAGGGCCAGUUCCCGUCCCCCCAGCAGUAUGGCAUCCUGUGCGGAGCCCUCAGAGCCCACUGCCCCACCGCCUUCUGUCCCACCACUUGAAGACUUCGAGGUGCUGGAUGGAGUUGAGGAUGCAGAGGGUGAGGAGGAAGAGGAGGAAGAGGAUGAUGAUGACCUGAGUGAGCUGCCACCUCUGGAGGACAUGGGACAGUCCACUCUGGAGGAGGCUGAGCAGCCUGGGGCCCUGGCCCGAGAGUUCCUGGCUGCCAUGGAGCCAGAGCCUGCCCCAGCCCCGGCUCCAGAAGAGUGGCUGGACAUCCUGGGGAAUGGGCUGUUGAGAAAGAAGACACUGGUCCCAGGCCCACCUGGCUCAAGCCGACCUGCUAAGGGGCAGGUGGUCACCGUGCAGCUGCAGAUGUCGCUGGAGAAUGGCACACGGGUACAGGAGGAGCCAGAGCUGGUGUUCACCUUGGGCGACUGCGACGUCAUCCAGGCCCUGGACCUCAGUGUCCCCCUCAUGGACGUGGGCGAGACGGCCAUGGUUACUGCUGACUCCAAGUACUGCUACGGCCCCCAGGGCAGCAGGAGCCCCUACAUCCCCCCGCACGCGGCCCUGUGCCUGGAGGUCACCCUGAAGACAGCCGUGGAUGGGCCUGACCUGGAGAUGCUGACAGGGCAGGAGAGGGUGGCCCUGGCCAACCGGAAGCGGGAGUGUGGCAACGCCCACUACCAGCGAGCGGACUUCGUGCUGGCCGCCAACUCCUACGACCUUGCCAUCAAGGCCAUCACGUCCAGCGCCAAAGUGGACAUGACUUUUGAGGAGGAGGAGCAGCUCCUGCAGUUGAAGGUGAAGUGUCUGAACAACCUGGCCGCCUCGCAGCUGAAGCUGGACCACUACCGCGCCGCCCUGCGCUCCUGCAGCCUGGUGCUCGAGCACCAGCCCGACAACAUCAAGGCGCUCUUCCGCAAGGGCAAGGUGCUGGCUCAGCAAGGCGAGUACAGUGAGGCCAUCCCCAUCCUGAGGGCAGCCCUGAAGCUAGAACCUUCCAACAAGACGAUCCACGCGGAGCUGUCCAAGCUGGUGAAGAAGCACGCGGCGCAGCGCAGCACGGAGACGGCCCUCUACCGGAAGAUGCUGGGCAACCCCAGCCGGCUGCCGGCCAAGUGUCCCGGCAAGGGCGCCUGGUCCAUCCCGUGGAAGUGGCUGUUUGGGGCGACUGCUGUGGCUCUGGGGGGCGUGGCGCUCUCUGUGGUCAUCGCUGCCAGGAACUGAUGGACCAGGUGGCUGCCACCCCCUCUGCACACCGUGGACCCCCCUGCACUCCUCACUCCCCGGCUCCCUGUCCUCUGUCCUCUGUGGCCUGGCCCCCUCCUCUGGGUCGGGGAAGCAACGAUCGGGGGUCACAAAGCCCAGAGAGCAAGAGGGACUGAGACCCCACAGGAGGCAGUGAGGGGCAGCCCAGAGGGAGGGCCUUGUCCCUGCAGACCCAGCUCCGCUUCCCCACCCCUGCCCGUGGGGUUCGGUCCCCCUGGGCCGGCCUCAGUUUCCCCUCCUAAGUAGGCCUGGGGGCAGCCCACCCCGCCCAGUUCCCACCUGACCGCCAGCCCUUCCUGCCCUGCCUGCCGCCCUCUGUCCAGGCUCCCCCACAGUGAAAUAAAGCCUCCACCCGCGCUGCGGCC